AUGUAUUGGUCGCCCGUUUGCCUCAAGAAUAAAACAAGCAAACAAACAGGAGCAAUCGGCGAGGUAGAGAACAAACCGACGGCGGAGGGUGGCGAUGGUCCCGCGUCCAAGGUGGAAACGACUUGGGGCGAUUGGAAGGCGGAAAUCGUGCCGAGCGACGCAGGCAACGCCGAGUACGUCGCACUGGCCAAAAGCGACCGCAACUCUUACGAGGAUCCCCUGGACAGACCGGUAGAGCUCGAGCGCCACCACAGCGGGCACUUCCGGCACAGCCAGAGCAAGGUCUGGGACCCCCAUCCGCGGUACGAUUUCGUGGCUUUCGGCCACGCGUUCCACGUCCAUCUCAAGGAAGACAGGAGCUUCGCGCCUCCCGGCGUCACA